CCGCUCCUCCCAGCCGCCAGGGGGCGCCGCGCGGCGCCGCGGCCGCCCCGGAAGUGACGGCGUUGUUUUCCUGCGGUACUUCCCGAGGCCGCCAUGGACAUCCUCAAGCGGGAGAUCAGCAGGAAGCGCCAGCAGCUGGAGGAGAAGGAGCUCCUGGGGGGCAAUAAGAAGUAUUUCAAACGCAGUGAGUUAGCUAAAAAGGAAGAGGAGGCCUACUUCCAGAGAUGUGGCUACAAGCCUGUAAAUGAGAAGCCACCUGGAGAGGUACAGCAGCAGGAAGAGGAGGAGAAACCACUGGCUACAUCAAAUCCAGUGCUGGAACUCGAACUGGCAGAGGAAAAGUUACCAAUGACUCUUUCCAGACAGGAGGUUAUCAGGAGGUUACGAGAGAGGGGUGAGCCCAUCAGGCUGUUUGGAGAAACAGAUUAUGAUGCAUUUCAGCGGCUGAGGAAGAUUGAAAUUCUUGCACCUGAAGUGAACAAGGGCCUGAGAAAUGACCUGAAGGCUGCUUUGGAUAAGAUUGAUCAGCAGUAUCUGAAUGAAAUUGUGGGUGGCCAAGAAGCAGGAGAUGAUGACUCCCAGAAUGACCUGAAAGUCCACGAGGAGAAUACUACUAUUGAAGAACUAGAAGCUUUGGGAGAAUCUUUAGGACGGGGUGAUGAUCACUAUGAUAUGGACAUCAUAACAAAGUUCUUGAAGUUCCUCCUGGGAGUUUGGGCCAAGGAGUUGAAUGCCAGGGAGGACUACGUGAAGCGGGGCGUGCAGGGGAAGCUGAACAGCGCCACGCAGAAACAGACCGAGUCCUACCUGCGCCCGCUCUUCAGGAAGCUCCGCAAAAGGACACUUCCUGCAGACAUCAAAGAAUCAAUAACAGAUAUUAUUAAAUUUAUGUUGCAAAGAGAAUACGUGAAGGCCAACGAUGCCUACCUGCAGAUGGCCAUAGGGAAUGCUCCCUGGCCCAUCGGCGUCACCAUGGUCGGCAUCCACGCGCGGACCGGGCGCGAGAAGAUUUUCUCCAAGCACGUGGCCCACGUGCUCAACGAUGAAACUCAGAGGAAAUACAUACAGGGGCUGAAGAGGCUGAUGACCAUCUGCCAGAAGCACUUCCCAACAGACCCAUCCAAAUGUGUGGAGUACAACGCGCUCUGAGGCUCUCUGGGGGCUGGGGCUCACAUUUUGGGCUCCAGCACCCAGAGAGGAUGGAAGAGGCAGACUUUGAGCCUGAACACCAACAAGAACUUGGGGUGGGCUUUGCAAAAACAAAAGCAUAAAGGAGAUUUUUUUUUUUAUAGCUUCCUUUUUCCAAGCCCCAUUUAUUUAGGUUUAUUUUGAGAUCUGUGCUUUUUGCUGGACACAUCCAAUGUACAGCAGAGGGAUGGGUUUUCAAGAGUGUAAGACCAAGACAAUGACCAAGGGACAAUGCACAUGACAACUGCUUUUGUUUCAGUUUGUUAUUCAGGGAACUGUGCAAAUUCAACUGUUUCCCAUAUUUUAGAGCUUUAGAUGAGUCUCAGCCCUGCAAGGAGCAUAUGUGGAGCUUUUUUUGGCUGCUUUUGCAUUGGAGAGUGACGUGGGGAGAUGAUUAGAGGGAAGCAGUUGAAUCUGAAUCUUGGUUAUUUCUGUAAAUAUAAAGACUUUAUAGGUUAAUCUUUCAUGUGGUAUUUAUCAGGAAUAAAAAAAAGUUUAUAUAUUU